AUGUCGAUUGUCGAUCCGCAGAGCUCAGCAGCGGCACAGUCAAACGCUUAUCCUAGCUCGGCGCCAAGUGCCAGCGUUGACUCAACUUCUCUUUACUUUCAAUUAUCGCCAAUGUCUUACAUUCCGUCGGUGUCAUCAGCGCAGAGUGUCGCCAAUAUGACGGCGGCAUAUUUCGGAAAUAAGACGGGCUAUCCGGCGACUCAUCUCGGCUUUCCGACACCGGCGUCGCACAAUUUCUUGCCAGCCGGAAUGAGCUACAUCGGCGGCAGUUUGGCGGAAUGCCAAGGCGCCACGAUGGGCUCGAUGGGAUGGAACGCGAAUCCGCCGAGCUUCUCGCGGAAACAGCGACGCGAGCGGACGACGUUCACACGAAAUCAAUUGGAGAUUCUUGAAAGCUAUUUCAUGAAGACGCGCUAUCCCGACAUUUUCAUGCGCGAGGAUAUGGCGCAUAAGAUUCAGUUGCCGGAGAGCCGUGUGCAGGUGUGGUUCAAGAAUCGGCGCGCCAAAGCGCGACAGCAAAAAAAAUCGCAGCAGGGAUCGCAUUCGGCGUGCGCUGGUAGCACGGCGAGUAGCGGCGGAUCGACCGGCGGAUCGACCGGCAGCGAGGUGCAGCCGUCGAGUCCGGCGACCACUGAAGGAGAUCUCAAAUACUCGGAAACGGUGAAGCAAGAGAUUGAUACCACUGAACCAUCGACAUCGCCUUCAUCAGAUGAGACGAAACCCACGUCAUAUAUAGCACAGAUUUCACCAUCUUCCACCUCGUCCGCGUACAAUACAACGUCUUUCAGGCCCCAGGCGCAAUACCCAUAUGCAAACUAUCAAGAUUAUUUCCAAUAUGCGCAAACCAAUUCGACAACGAAUGGCACGUAUAAUGUGGACGCCUGGAAAUUCCAGCCAAUGAAUGAUCGUGUGUGUUUCAUAACUCGCAACAAGUUCUCAUUUCUUCCCCUAAAAAAAGGAAUUGCAUGUUGCUGCCGUUAUGACAACUGCAAUGUUCCAGCGGCGAAAUUUACCAUGUAUUAUCACUCGUUGAUAUUUCAGGAUAUUAUUCUUGGCAGGCUGUACCUACGAUUUGGACCAGUUUUCAAAUACAUUCUCCUCAUCACAAUUUGCUGCAUAAUCGUUGUGUUAUAUUCGACCGCUGAAGGAGUUGUGGUUUAUGUUCUUCGAAAAAAAGCGGAGAAAAAUUCUCAAUUGGAAUCUAAUCAAGGAUGGAUCAAUGAGUAUAUUAGCCCUCGUAACAUGGAAAGUCCUAUCGAAUUGGAAUCGACACAAACGGACCAUGAUAUGGGCGCAGUACAAAAGAAAACUAAGCGAGCCACUCCGGAAAAGGCGAAGACUGCCUUGCCGAAUCAAACACCUUCGCUAAAAGUUGGCGUCACCCAGGAAUCGCAGCGUCAGCAUCAUCCUCUGCUUAUCGAGAAAACGCAAUCUUCCGACAUUUCACCGGUAUGGAGUUAUCUUAGAGUGUCAAACAAAAAAAAGAAGCCCGUUCCUCGAGUUCUUCCAACUGGUAGAGUUCAAAUGGUAUCGAUGAACUAUAAUGAAUCAACAUUUUCCGAUUUGGAGCAUUAA